UAGUGAUGUUAAUCAUCUUGAGGCUGGUCUACAGAUAAACAACACGACAACUUAAAAUAUUUUCACAAAAAAAUGGAUAAAUACUCCAAAAUAGUGCAGAAUCUUAUACGAGCAGGGAUAAAGAUGGUAGCAGUAGACUUCGACCUUACUAUUCUCAACAUACAUACCCAUGGGUUUUGGCAGUUUACAAGUAAAAUGUUGGCAACUCGAGUUCGGCCUUGUUUUAAACACUUCUUGAACGAAGCACUCAACUCUGACUUACAUGUAGCUGUCGUUACUCAAUCUCCACAAGUGGAAUUAGUACGAGAAGUCCUAGAAUUGUCACUACCAGAUUGUGAUAUAAGAAAGAUAGAAAUUCGAGGUGCAGAUGGUAAAUGGAAAGAGGUUCGAGGAGUUACGAAGGAAGGUAAACAACAACAUAUUGAAUCUGCAAUUAAACAGUUUGAAAAGACCCGCAAAGUCAAAAUAUCUGCAAAGAAUGUAAUCCUCCUCGAUGAUGAUAUCAACAACAUAAACAUUGCAAGGAGCUGUAAGAUGCAAGCUCUUCAUGUUACUGAUGAUAACAGCUUGGACACUCUUCUAGAUCAAAGUUUCAGAACAACAGAUGUUUAAUAGUUAAUGGAUGUGCAGAACCAACAUUAAAUACAAAUGAAUAUAUUUUUAAAUAACUACUGGGUAUACAGUGUUAAAUGACUGAGCAGCCUUCUACACAUAUUUUCUCCUGUUCAGCAGAUUGUAAUCUCAUGAUAUUGUAUAAAUUAUAUUGUUGUGUUCUUUUUCAGUAGAAAUUAGUCUUGAAUUACUCAGUGAAGUAACCAUUAAUCUAAUAUCAGUCAGGGUGCUUUAUAACAUUGUCAUUAGUACCAGUUACCAGUCAGGGUGCUUUAUAACAUGGCCAUUAGAGAGAUUUAGAGGUGGGUGCAAGGAGCCAUGUCCCCCCUUUAUUUUGGUUAGUCACAGAGGUUCCUCUAACUAUAUUGUUUUAGUAUAAUUUUAGAUUUGAAUAUAGUUUGAAUAUAGCUGGCCGUGAUUGGUCAAGUGAUUCUGAGACGAUGAUCACUGCUGGAGUGGUGAUCAUAAGGUUUUCAAAAGUUUUCCAAAUUGGAAGUAAUACUAAACGUUUUUUUAUCCUGAAUUUCCACUUUUCUCUGAUGUUCAAAUCUAAAAUUUUACUAAAACGAUUAUUACCCUCAGGCUCAGUGAAUAUGGUAAUAUUUACCUUGCCUCUCGAAGACUUAGGGCUCGGUAAAUAUUCCACCGAUAAUCACUUCGCCUUCUGCAAAUAAUAUUGUGAAAUAAUAGUCCAUAUCAAAACGAAAACAUUUUUUUCCGGUCUAGCUCACUAUAAAUAUAUUUUUCUGGCUAUUACAGUGAGUUUGAGAAAUGUGACGUAUAAACUUUAUAAGGAUAUAAUGUAAAUUAGUCUAUAUUUAUUGAUGUUUAUGAUGUUUUGUAUUUGUUUAUUAUAUAGUUUUUGCCUAAAUAAAUUCAAUAUCGAAAUAAAAUUAUUAAAAAGCU